AUGGAAGGCGUUACUACUUUUGGAAGUCUCAGAGGGCAGUCCCUUCGGCGCCGGCGGCUGCCGGAUAGGGGCGAAGGGCUGUUCAGCUUCAAGCCCCGCUUCAAAAGUUCAGCUUGCGAAAGCUUGCCAGAGCUUGCCGUAGCUCCUAAGAACAAAAGCAAGGACCGCAAUAUUGUGAAGGGUGCGGAGGGCGGUGCAUUUGUUGCUGGCAGGAUUUGUUUCCUUUGGAAGGUACUUUCGUGGAACUCAGUGAAGAGGCCUCAACAGCUUCAAGCCAUGGGCGGAGGGGAAGAGAGCAUUGUUCUUAAAGGCGCAGCUGAUGAGUCCCAACUGGCGUCCAGCUGGCAUCACGUGGAGGACGACACCCAGUCCGAAGCACAACCGCAAGAAAGUGACGUCACCACAGCAGGCAAAGGCGACGCUGAAACGCAGCCCGAUCGGAUGACGUCACCACUGACGUCACCCGACGCUGAAGUCGUCCCCCCAAACACGCCCGAGAAUCAGAAGCGCACCAAAGAAGAGAAAAAGGCACGGGCGGAGACGAACAACGGUGCAGCGGAAACGGCCAGGGCUAGACGGGAGAAAUUUCGUCUGUGGGCAUUUGAGCAAACACAGGCAAAGCGGAACAAAAAGCAGCCAAAAACUCAGCCUGAACCAGUGGCCGCACCACUGACUCCCGACGUCGAAGUCGUAACGUCUAGAGAAUUUUGGGACCUGUCUAAAGAAUCUGGGGACCGCUCUGAGAAUGCAGUGGAAGGUGUCAGAAAGACGGACCCGUUUCCGGAGGAGGACGCCUCGGUUCCCACUCAGGCAUUGCGUCAGAAGGCAAUGAGGGAUUUUGAGGCGGAGGAGGACGCAGAGGCGAUCCGAGAGGCUCUGGCUGCUUGUGUCGAGUCAGCAGGCGCCGAAGCAGCGUCGCACAAUGCUGCUGCAAUCCUGGCUCUGGAGAAGAGUAAGGCGCGACUUGCCAAGAAGGCGGCCGACCUCGCCUCCCUGCGCGCCGAGAUCCAGGCAUAUGCCCCAGGGGCCAAGCUGCUGCCAGCUGGCGACAAGACCAAAGAGGAUUACGUCAUCCCGCAAAAGACGGUGCUCCUUCUAGUGGGCGACAUGGGCGCCGGCAAGUCGACGCUGGUCAACAACAUCCACCGUGCGGUGCAUGACACCAGGACGGACCUCGACAUUGCCGCCACUGCCAGCUCUUCCACCGGGAGCCACAGCCUGCUCCUGCAAGAGUACUCCAUCACGCCCCGGUUGCUCGUCUUCGACACCCGGGGACUCUCGGUUGGCAACACCGGGGAGAACGUGGGCCUGCUCAAGGAGUGGGUCCAGCACGGGGUGGCCGACUCGCAGGCGGUGAUCCGUUCUUCAGACGGACAGGAAAGCCGCGAGGCGAUCCAAGACCGCGUCCGGCGCCACCAGCGGGCGUUCCGCCGGCGCCGCGUCAACUUCGCGAUCUACGUCGUGAACGCGGCCGCGGUGCACAGCGCGGCGCAGCGCGUGGGGGAGGAGCGGCGCGUCGAGGCGCAACGCAUGCGCAGCAUCUACAGCGCUCUGCACCAGUUCAAGGACUACAGUCCAAUCGUAGUGAUGACCCACGGCGACCAGCUGUCCCCCGGUGACAGGGACCGGGCGCGGCUCUUAAUCGCGGAGACCCUCGGAGUGGACGCCGGAGACUCUGUUUUCGACAUUGCCAGCUUCACCGGCCGCGAACAGGAGGAUGACGAACUGGAUCCGAUCACCGACGCGGCGCUCCUUUCGAUGCUCCAACAAGCGCUCAAACUGGCGGACCGGAGCUUGCCCCCCAUCGACGAGACGCGCUCAGUGGCGCUAUCAGUCCUGGCGACACUGUCCGUUCUCGUCGGACUGUACAUUGCACACACUGCCAAAGGUUUGGAUUUCGUGGAGUUCAUUGUCGUUUCGCUGAUGGCGCUCCUUCUGGGGCCGGGCAUACAUGCAUACUUUAGGUUAUAAAGCCCGUACCGGAGCGCGGGGCUUCGCGCCUUCAUGAUUAAAACCUCGGGCUCGAUGACAUAGACUUGAGCCAGGAUCAGGUCGCUAGGGUCAAGCUCAUAGCGGAUCAUGUACAGAAAAUAGAACGAUAAACUCGCUGCCUGAAAAGGAAACGGGUAGGAAUGACGACGCCCGCGGUAUAAGGCUGAUCAGGACAGUGUACACAUUUUUCUCGGGGAAGCUCGUGUGGUUAGGGAUGCUCAAAAAGUUACCGGAGAAGACAGACUGUAUCAUGACUUAGGCCAGCCUAGGAUCGGGGUAAGUGUAAUUAUCUGGUUAGGCAGCUCAAGGGAGGUAACGUGGACAUAAGAGGCUUUCUAAACAUGAGUUCUAGUGGUGCAAUACGCUGCGUGCUUGAGGGUGUGAUCUUGCUAGCAAUUUGAUAGUUUGGAACUCAAAUAGAGGGCCGCUGUCUUUGUACGGAAGGGGUGAGAAGGGUGGUCACUGUGUAGCUAUAUGAUUGAGCUUGAGCGCGAACGAUCAUGAUCAGAUCAAUCGUCCGGCCUAGCUGCCGAGUCCGGUAUCCAGCUUUACUUUGCCAGGGG